AUGUCUACCUCACCUAUCAAGACGUACACCACCGAGCAGGGCGCUGAUCACCUGGAGAGGGCCCAUACCACGGGGAGUAUCUCGAUGCCUCCUGAGCUGUUUGAGCAGCUGUACUUGGCGCCUCAUAGCCGCGUGAAGGGCGAUUUGAGGCAGAAGCUGGGCAAUCCGACGCCAUUGGCUUUGGGAGGGUUCCUGCUCUGCACGACUCCUGCGUCCAUGGCACUGCUUGGAUGGCGAGGUUCAGGAGGCUUUGGAGCUGGUGCAAAUGUCGGCGCUUACUUCUGGUUCGGCGGUCUUCUUAUGCUUCUUGGCAGCAUUGGCGAAUGGAUUCUAGGAAAUACUUUCCCCUCGGUCCUGUUUGGCCUCUUCGGCGGCUUCUGGUUCACCUUCGGUUCAACCAUCGUCCCAGACUAUAACGCUUACGGUCUCUACUCCAAAACUGGUGCUGUUGCGGACGGUCUGAAGGAGGGCGAGUUCUACGCGACAUUCUCGUUCUUCCUCAUCUCAAUGGGUAUUCUUUGCGCUGUCUUCGCCAUCGCCAGUAUCCGCACGAACGUAGUCUUGUUCACUAUCCUGGUUAUCCUGGUUCCUUGCUUCGGCUGCCUGUCCGCCUCGUUCUUCGCUGCUGCGACUGGUGAGACCGCUAAAUCGCUCACAUAUCAACACGCUGGUGCUGCGAUCCUUUUCGUGGUAUCGCUGCUGGGCUGGUACAUCUUCUUGAGCCAUAUUCUUCUGUCGGUCGACUUCCCUUAUACUCUCCCUCUUGGUGAUCUCUCUUCCAGAAUCCCAGGUGCCACCAAGGUCAAGAAGGAUAACCACUCGGAGGAGGAGAAGGUCUAG